GUUAUUACAAGGCACAGAGAAAUAUCAGGACAUCAUACCAACAAUGGAAUCUGCAGACUCUUCUAGAUACGUGCCAGAUUACAGAAAGGCAAACUUCAAGAACAAGAACAGAUUCCAGCAGGAUGAAGUUAGAAGAAGGAGAGAAACACAGCAAGUUGAAUUGAGAAAGCAAAAAAGAGAGGAGAUGCUUUCCAAGAGAAGAAACUUUGUAGCAAGUGACGGAAACAACAUGAAUGCUAUGCCAGAAUCUGAUGAUGAUGAUGGAAAUUCAACUGACGAGUACAACAAUGACCAAAUAUUCUACACCCAGCUUCAGCAGGAAUUGCCACUAAUGGUAGAAAAAAUCAAUUCAGGCAACUUAGAGAAUCAACUUGAAGCAACAAUCAAGUUCAGACAAAUAUUAUCGAAGGAGAACAACCCUCCUAUUGACUUAGUUAUUGAAUCUGGUGUUGUGCCAAAAUUUGUUGAAUUUAUGAAAUCUGGGCCAGAGGUUUUGCAAUUAGAGGCAGCUUGGGCGUUGACAAAUAUUGCUUCAGGUUCUAGUGAGCAAACUAAAAUUGUUGUUGAUCUGGGUGCCGUUCCUUUAUUUGUUCAACUUUUAUACUCUCCUUCACCUGAGGUUAAAGAGCAAGCUAUUUGGGCUUUGGGUAAUGUUGCUGGUGAUUCAUCUGUUUACAGAGAUUAUGUUUUGCAGUCAAAUGCAAUGGAUCCAGUAUUAUCACUUUUCCAAUCAUCCAAGAUGUCUCUUAUCAGAACUGCAACUUGGACCUUGUCAAACUUAUGCAGAGGUAAGAACCCUCAACCUGAUUGGCAAAUUGUCAAAAGUGCUUUACCAACUUUAGCAAAGCUUAUCUUCAGUGUCGAUGUCGAAACAUUAAUUGAUGCAUGUUGGGCAAUCUCUUACUUGUCAGACGGUACUCAAGAAGCCAUUCAAGCAGUCUGUGAUGCUAGAAUUCCGAAAAGAUUAGUUGAGUUACUUGGACACGAAUCUGCACUAGUUCAAACUCCAGCAUUAAGAGCAGUCGGUAAUAUUGUCACAGGAACUGACUUACAGACACAAAUAGUCAUUAAUGCAGGAGUUUUAUCUGCAUUGGGACCUUUGUUAAGAUCGCAAAAGGAAUCUAUUAAAAAAGAAGCUUGUUGGACGAUCUCCAACAUCACUGCAGGAAACCCUGAUCAAAUUCAAGCUGUAAUUGAUGCCAAUUUAAUACCCCAAAUUAUCAAGCUAUUAACUACAGGGGACUACAAAACCAAAAAGGAGGCAUGUUGGGCAAUCUCUAAUGCAUCGUCUGGUGGAUUGUCGAAACCUGAUCAAAUCAAAUAUUUGGUUUCCCAAGGUUGUAUCAAGCCUUUAUGUGAUUUACUUUCUAUUGCCGAUAAUAAGAUAAUCGAAGUUACGCUAGAUGCGCUAGAAAACAUCCUCAAGGUUGGAGAACUUGAGAAAGAAUCAAGAGGUUCUAAUAUCAAUGAAAAUGCAAUUUUCAUUGAAGAAGCAGGUGGAGCAGAGAAGAUUUUUGAGUGUCAAAGCAAUGUUAACGAGAAAAUCUAUGAUAAAGCAUUCAACAUUAUCGAUACAUACUUUGGUGAUGAAGCAGAAGACGAUAUGCUCAACUAUGAUAACAUGCAACCUAAUAUUGCAGAAAAUGGUGAACAGUUUGGAUUUGGUGUUGAAUCGAAACUGCCAGACGGUGGAUUCAACUUCAAUUAAUAAAAUGAUAGUGGUUAAACGGUUCACAUUUCUUCAACAACAGCAUUAACCAUUUUUUCAGUGCAACAAAUGUUUUUCCUUUAUUUCAUUUAUAGUAGUUGACUAUUUUCUAUUUUUUAGUUACUUUCUCUUAUUUUUACUUUUUGACCUCAUUUCUUUUCUAUCUUUUUCUGAGUUUUAUUUUUACCGAUAGAACUCUCUUUUUAUAUAUAUUUUAACGUUUUCCUUUCUCACUUUAGCCUUCAAACUCUUUUCUCAACUUC